AUCGGAUGGCCAGAGACAGCAUUUGUAGAUGUUCAUCUUUUAAGGUCUAACUUAUCAACAUCAAACCCUAAAAUUUAGGGUUUUCUCCAAUAUGUUCUCUCAUCCUGGCUAUGAAAAAUAUGGGAUUCUGUGAAAAUGGAUAUUCCCACAUGCUUCUCAUCAGUUGCAUCACCUUGAAAUGACUGAAAUAGAAAGGAAAUACAGCUCUCUCUGCUUUUCUCAUGUCUCACUAUUGGUAACUAAGCAUAGAUAUACUGAAACAAAGCAAGAAAACUGAAAACACAAUGCUUUCUUUGUAUUGCAUCUUUCUUUGGCUUGUCCUAAGGGUAGGAGUCAAAGGAGCCUCGGAUCUGUCAGGAUGCCCUUCUACAGAAAACACCUGGAGAUACCGUGCAAGGAGUGGAGAGAAGUUUUUAUUAUUCUGUGAUGUUCCUAAACCAGGUCUCUGCAAAAAGAGAAAUGUUUCAAUGAGACAGAUGUGUGGUGGAACUUUGUGCCAAAGGGUCCAGUGGUACAAACAACCUCAAAAUGGAUCACAACCAUAUGCUAUUCAGAAUGACCACCCUCACAUCACAUGGGAAAAUAAUUUACUUCAGUUUUCACCAAUUGGUAUCAAUGAUGCUGGGUCUUAUAUUUGUGCAAUCAAAUAUAAGCCAAAGGCAAUAAAGGAGUCCAGAAAAUCGAAGGAGGUAACUUGUUUUCUUAAUAUAACUGUAGAAGUUCAGCCAAAGGAAAAGACACCCUGUAUGGACUCUGUAAAAAAUGAGCUCUAUCUUCUCAUUGGUAGCACUGAUUCAGUUCCUUGUCCUGGGGUGAACUGUGAGGGAGAUUUACAAAGGCAAGACGUGACUUGGUACAAGAAUGGAAUGCUAUGUCCUUAUUGGAAAAACACCCACAUAGUCUUUGAUGAAAUUUACCAUCAAGAUCACGGUGUGUAUGUAUGUGAUUAUAACCAGUCUAUUAACUCAACGUGGUGGUUAGUUAGAGCAGUUGUUGAAGUGAAAACCGUUGUGAAAAAUACUUCACUUGCACCAAUCAUUGUUAAUCCAACAAAUGACCCAGUUACGUUGGAAGUGGAACUUGGAAUGCCAUUGACUCUUGAAUGCAAAGUACAUUUUGGCCAGGAAAGAAAUUUCAACCCUGUGGUAAAAUGGUAUGUCGAAGAUGCUGAGCUUAACAGGGAAGAACUAAGACAAGCAAACAUAAGUAUUGACAACCAGGUGGAGAGGCAAACUAUAUAUUAUACUGCCUGCUUGAAGCAAGUAACUAAAAAGGAUCUACAAAAGACUUUUAUAUGUUUUGCUCAGAAUUCUGUGGGGAAUGCUACAUGGACCAUCAAGCUGAAACAGAAAAGAAGAGUGUUUUUCACAUACAUACUGUUUGGCACCACUAUAACACUGGUGGUAAUCCUCAUGACAAGUGCCUUCAUCUAUCGUUACUGGGUUGAAAUAAUCCUUCUAUACCGAACUUACCAAGCCAAGGAUGAAACUCUAGGGGAUGGAAAAGAAUUUGAUGCCUUUGUGUCCUAUGCUAAACAAGACUCUUUUGAUAGCCUGGACCCUUCGUCUCUGAAUGAGGAAAGCUUUGCAUUGGAUUUACUCCCUAAAGUGUUGGAAAAAAAAUAUGGAUACACCUUGUGUUUGUUUGAAAGGGAUGUGAUCCCAGGUGGAGUUUACACAGAAGAUAUUGUGAAAAUCAUCAAGCAGAGUAGAAGAGUCAUUUGUGUCCUGAGCCCCAGCUAUGUGAGCAGCCCCACUGUCUUUGAACUGCAAGCCGCAGUCAAUCUUGCCUUGGAAGACCAAACAUUGAAACUCAUUUUAAUUAAAUUCUCUCCUUUCAAAGAGCCAGAUUCUUUACCUCACCGAGUGAAGAAAGCCCUUAAUGUACUUCCCACCAUCACUUGGAGAAGUUCAAAGUCAACUCCUUCAAAUUCCCGAUUCUGGAACUGCGUUCGCUACCAUAUGCCUGUGAAAAACCAUCAGGGAUUAGGAGAGAAAGGGUGCAAGAUUUUUCCAAGAAUUUUCUCAUUAAGAAAAAAAGAAGAAAAUUAUUCACUAUGAGAGAAACCACUGGGAGGCGCUACUGGCUCAAGGAAUGGUAAAGUUAGAGGAGCUGCCUCCUGCCUUCCCAGGGACUACAGGGAAUACACUGGAAGUUUUCCCGACAAGUCAGUGCCAGACCUGUAGACACACAGCAACAGUCUUGGGACAGCACUGCACGACCUUUGGCUUCCUUUACUGGAAAGGGAGUACAUCCCCCAAGCCCCAUGUUGCUCGUCAUCCAAGGGUUCUUGGUUUUUUUCCACUCCGAUAGGCGAGUGAAUUCAAUAGCAGAAAAAGAGAUUACAAAAGCUUUAUGGGCAUAUAUUGUCAUUUAAAAUGACUAGUGGAUAUAUUGUAUGACUUUUCUUUUUCGUCUGUGGACAAAAUCAAAUAAAAGUGUUGCAUUUGAAAUGAUUAUCACCCUAGCUGAAGGUUUCUUGGCAGAGUUACUGCUCAUUGCUCCCCAGACACCUCUAAGGUGUUGGGAAGGAGGGGGUGUGGAUGGGGAAAGCAGAUGGGUGUGACCACAACGCAGUAUAAAAACUGGGAUGGCCUUAAAUACCCAAGCGAAUGACUAAAAAGAUAAGCAGCCUGGAGGGCAGGUGUGAAUAAUAGGGAGACGGCAUGGUGGAGUGGAAAGGACACUGGACUAUGCGUAGAAAGAUGGAGGUUGUAAUCUCAAGUUGGCCACUAAGCUAAUUUUUAAAGUUAAUUACUUUAAGCAAUUCACUACACAUCUCAGGACCUCUUCAUUUGUACAGUGAAAGUAGCUCUGUGUAACCACAAAAGACACUUCCACUUCUGAGAUUUGAUGAUUUCAUGAGUGGGGAGACCAGGAGUCAGAAAUGAAGAACAGAGGAAGGAAGGAAGGGUAUGCUGGAGCCAACUCUCAAUGGUUUGGGAGAAAUGAUUGUUAAAUUUUCAGUGUGGCUAUUUAAAUCUUGGAAACUGGGAAAUGCUGUACACAUCAGGGCUUGGUUUAUUAUUUUGUUGAUUUUGUAAAUUUAAGAAAGUAGUGGAGAAAAUGUU